AUGGGAAAAGACUACUACAAUAUCCUCGGCGUCUCCAAGGAUGCCGACGACGACCAGAUCAAGAAAGCUUACCGCAAGCUCGCCCUCAAAUACCACCCUGACAAGAACUCGGCCCCUGAAGCUGAAAAAAUGUUCCACGACAUCUCUGAAGCCUACGAGGUUCUCUCUGACAAGAACAAGCGGGCUGUGUUUGAUCAGUAUGGCGAAGAAGGACUCAAGGGCGGUGGAGGGGCUGGCCCACCACCAGGUGCUGGUGCUGGUCCCGGAGGAUUCCCUGGCGGGUUUAAGGGAUUCCCUGGUGGUGGUGGUGGAACGACCUUCUCGUUUUCGAGCACUGGAGGUGGACCUGGUAUGGGCGGUAUGGGCGGUAUGGGCGGUGGUGGGUUCCGUCCUUCGAAUGCGGAUGAUAUCUUCAAGUCGUUCUUUGCUUCCUUUGGAGGCAACAGUCCGUUCGGUGAUGAUAUGGGAGGUAUGGGGGGUGGUAUGGGAGGUAUGGGGGGUGGUAUGGGAGGUAUGGGAGGUGGUAUGGGAGGUAUGCCUGGAGGUAUGGGCGGUAUGGGCGGCAUGCCUGGCACACGCACUCGCACGACACAUACUUCUUCACAGCAGCAACAGCAGCCAGGCGGACCACCACCACCAUCAUCAUCAGCUGAGAAACCACCAGCACUUGUCCGCGCUUUGGGCGUCACGCUAGAGGAGCUCUCCAAGGGCGUGACCAAGCGUCUCAAGGUCAUCCGCAAGGUUCGCGACGGCUCUGGUCGGACGAGCGAUAAGAUCCUCACCAUCGAUGUCAAGCCGGGCUGGAAGGCUGGUACCAAGAUCCGGUUCCCUGGUGAAGGAGACGAGCUCGCCAACGGCGCACUUCAAGAUAUCGAGUUCGUCCUGGAGGAGAAGCCCCAUGAUACGUUCACACGGCGCGGAGACGAUCUGAUUGUCGAUCUGGAGUUGACGCUCCUCGAGGCAUUGUCGGGCUUCUCCAAAUCAGUCAAGACCCUCGACGGCAAGACAUUGCCCGUCUCUGCGAGCAGCUCUAGAGUCAUCCAACCCGGUCAGGAAGAACGGUUCCCUGGCGAGGGAAUGCCCAUCUCCAAGAAACCUGGCCAGAAGGGUGACCUUCUUGUUCGUUAUGUCGUCAAGUUCCCUACUCAGCUUACCCCUGCCCAGAAGGAAGGACUCAAGAAGAUUCUCGCAUAA